AUUACAGUGCGAGUGGAGGCACGUAGGCAUCAGAGAACAUCUGUCCUUAAGGAUAAAUCAAAGUUCAGUUAAAAAAAUACGUGACCAUGGCUUUAUUUCCUGGCUCUGCAGCUGGAGGAGGAGUAAUCCAGACUAGAAAGUGAACUGUGCAGUCGUGAAACCGUUUAGAAAAGUAGGUGAGAAGCUAGGAUUCCUUAAAGGAAAUGAGAGCACCGCGUAAAUAGCACCGUACUGGAUGAGGAGGACGCAUGACGCAGGUGUUGGCUGAAGUAAAGUUACUAGUCGAGUGAAGCUCAGCCCAGUAAAAACUGCACAAUUUGUGAGCUGAGCGAUGGGAACCUGUGUACCACGAUCCGGUGUAGUUUAUUUCACCAGCCCGGGCCGUUUCUAAUCAAACUGGUGGUUUUUAAUGCUGCCUGGGAAGGAUGAAGAGCUUUUUCCUUCGCUGCGUUCUUCUCUGGGCGACGUUGCAGCGGAGUUGCAUGCAAAUUUCUGUACCUGCCACAGUGUUGAACUGCUGUGAAGGGGACAUUCUCGUCUUGCUGGACUCUUCAGGAAGUGUAGCAAACUAUGAGUUCUCACGCCUGUUGCUGUUCGUCGCUGAGCUGCUUGGCCCCUUUUCACUGGGACGUGGGCAUGUAAGAGUGGCGCUGCUGCAGGUGGGCACCGAGCCUCACCUGGAGUUCAGCCUGGACGUCCACAGCAGUCAGGAAAGUCUGCAGAAAGCCCUGCGGAGCGUCGCCCAGCUGCAGGGAGACACCAACACCGAGGCGGCUCUCAGAGUGACCCGGCGGCUCCUGACAAAGACAGAGGACAAUGUGCCAAAGAUACUGCUGUGGCUGACUGAUGGAGUGCAGCCUGGAGACGUGGACGAGCCGAUGUCAGAGCUGAAGGCGCUGGGGGUUUCGGUGUUAGUGGUGUCCACGGUACAUGGCAACUUCCAGGUCUUACAGCGUGUCGUGACGCCUCCUCUGGAGUCUCAUCUGUACUCUGUGGACAUAGACAACAUCGACAUCAUCACAGAGGACCUGAGGGAGGCCAUCAUCAAAAUUAUUCGUGCAGAACGGCUGCGCGUGGUUCACUUGACUUCCCACAGUGCUGUGCUGCAGUGGCGUCCUGUUCUGAGUGCAGACAGCGGUUAUUAUGAACUCUGGUAUAGCUCCAUUAGGAAAGCCAACCCAGAGAUCAGACGCACUUUAUCAGGCGACUCCAGCAACGUAGAGCUGACCAACUUGCAGCCUGAAACUACCUACACAGCUUCUCUUCACCCAGAGACCAACCUCGGGCUGUUUAACACACUCUCUGUAAACUUCACCACGCUUCCUGAUGUUUUAAGCCCGGCAGUGAUCUCCUUGUCAGAUUCUGGCCCCCGUCAGAUCCGUGUCAGCUGGGGUCCCCUGCAGCCGACUCGGGUACAAAGAUACACGGUGGAGUACGGAACUAUUCCAAGCGGACGUGUCCACACUGUGACUUUGCACAGCCAGAAAAACUCUACUCUACUGACCGGACUGGAGCCAAACACUCAGUACCUGGUCACAGUUAGCGCUCUGCAUGUGGAUGGAAAAGAAAGAGCCAUGUCUGUGAGGGCGUGCACUCAGGAAGCUCUGCCUGCCCUGGCCGACCUUCAGCUGGCCCCAGGGGAGCGACAGGAGGUGGAGGAGCUGUACGUAGCGUGGAAAGCCUAUCAGGAAGGGUUGAAAGGCUACUGGGUCACCUGGGAAACAGAAAACUUCCACAGCUCAUCCUCAAAGCCCCCAAUUUCCACCAUCUACCUGCCUCCUACCUCCCGUUCAACGCGACUCACCCACCCUGCACCAAACAGUCGAGUGUGUGUGUCCCCGAUCUACAGCUCGGGCCGAGGAGAUGGGAUAUGCUGCACUGCAAAAACUCACACAGAUUCCAGCCAGUGGGAUUAACAACCAGACUCUACAACGAUCAGGCAGCUGGAGCAAAAAAUUGGGUGAAAUGGAGCAUUUUCAGUGCUGGACUUGUUAGAUAACUGGUGCAGGACUGAAUAUUACUUUUUAAGUGAUCUUGAAAUGAACUAUAGUGAGUGAAAAGAUUUUAUCACAUAACACCACCCAACAAUGGCCAAGCAAAUACCUGCAUAAUUAAGUCUUUUUCUCUUGUAAUUAUCAUCAGCUUUGAGGUAAAGCUGUCAGACUUAGUCAGGAAUAUGCAGAAAAGUAACAUACACAGUCAGUUCAAGGAGCUACGUUACUGCACUUAGUGUAGUGUAAAUGUAUUUAAAAUUGUAUUUCUUCAUGUCCUGUGUUUCCCUGCUUGGUUGUAAUGGUUUUAGAUUUAAAUCAAAAAAUGGAACCAAUUAUCAAUAGUUUCAAAUCUUUCAACAUAUAAAUGGGUAGUUUUCUGACCCAAGGCAUCUCUCAACUUACUGUAGUUUGAAUUAAGGUGUGGUUACAUCGCCUGGCAUGAUCUGUGGUUAAGAUCAACUGGAAAAAUGUUCACAUUAGAAGUCUCAGAGGUACCAUAAACCACGAAAUGUCCUCACUGUGAAUUGUACCUUAUUGUAAUCUGAGCAAGCUGAACAACAGUAGCCUAAUAAUCAGGCUGAAUUGCAUCUUGUUUUCUCAUUAUCAUUCAACUUCCUAAAAUUUUCUGAGAUGUAAGCAUCAGCUUAGAGGAACAUGGCUUUAGCUACAGUGAACCUGUCACGAAGUCCAAAUACAAAAACCUUUUUAUAACACUCUCAAUUUAAAGACAUCUCUUGUUUUCAUGUGAAUGUUAUUGAAUUGAUUAGACCUCAGCUGUAGUCUUUCUAAUUAGCACUGAUUGUAUUCAUCUUUUGAACCUUAUAAACCCAGAGGUCAUUUGUGAACUUUAUCCAAAUGUAGAAAUAGAACUAAGUUGUGUCACACACAGCAUCAUCAGUGCAAAAUCAUUUCAAGUCUAUUGUGGGGUUGCAUCCAUAAAACCACAAUGGGACUAACUGGCCAUAAAACACAUCAGUGUAGGCUGGUAAAUAUUUUGUUUUAUUAUCAUUUAUGAAAAUAAUUCAGCUCGUUUUGUAUCUGUUGUUGUAUCUCAAAUGAUUCAUUGGAUGGUUUAUUCAAUCAAAACAGCUCCAGAUAUUCUGAUCAUGAUUGAGCCAGAAGAAGUGUAAUUUGCCUGAGCAGAUAAGUUUCUUUUAUUAUUCUCUUGGUUUCACUCGGUGAUGAACAUUUAGUCACUAGAUCAUAUCUCCCACUGUCAGCACACAUCACAGUCACAGUCAGGUGUGUUUUUGCUUUUCUGUCUGAUUGUUUUUUUAAAAGAACAAAGAGGACGCGGAUGUGAUGGCUGCAUGAUGGCUGUGUUAUCAGUUCCUCACAUCAGAGAAAAUAGGAUGUGGCAAUAUCUGGAACUAUGUACAUCUGUGUGGUGUUCAUAAGUAUUUAAUACCCAGAUGCAAAUAUGUACUGUGAAUAUUUUUAUCUAAAAUUUACAUAUCUUGUGUGUAAUGCUACUGAAUUUAUUUACAUUUUUGUCUUGUAGGAAGUACCGAGCAAAUGACAGCAUAAAUAAGGUUUCUAUAAACAAUGCUUGCACAGAGUUAACAAGCAUUUGAUUAAAAAAUGGAAAUAAAUACAGCAAAUGGCAUGUUUUGUCA